CGACUGUCGCUGCCCAUUGGCUGUAUAUAAGCACAUUUGGCCACCGAACAAAUCAUCGUAAUUGCUAGAAAAUAGAUCUUUUAGAUUCUUGGGUUGAGACUUGAGACGUAAAAUACCUAAAUGGAAACUAUACAGUCUUCUGCUGGCUAGAAAAAAGUUCGAUUAUUUACUAUUACAAGUAAGGAAUGCCUUUCUUGAUAGUUUAACCUCCAAAGCCAGACUUUCAGUGGAAAGGCAUCCAACUUUGCUUGCCUGCUCACCCCUCCGAAGCCUACAUUCAGCUGUUCGAAUAAGAAAACUUUUCUCUUUCUUUUGCUUGUCCUUCAAAUAAGGGCCAAGGCAUGAAACGAUCAAAUUCAUUUCUCCCGUAACUCGCUUCAGAUUAGAUUUGGCGCCGUUGCAAAGAAUGGAUAUCCUGUUCAAGCAGUUGAGGACGAAAUAUCCUAAUUUACCCCGGGGAAGCAGCUCGGCAGGAAAAGAUGGCACACCACCACCCCAGAAAACUCAAUCGUUCAAAGGAGAGAGAAAAAGAAGUCAGAGCUGGUUGCGGAGGCAGUUUUCUGGAUCCAUGAGCAGAGGCAAUGAGUCAACCAACGAAGAGGAGUAUCAUACUGCAGUUGCAGCAGCUGCCUUUGCUGUUAAAUCUCUUGAAGAAUCAAGAACAAGAGAUGAGAGAAGGGGGCUUAGCAUUCGAGAUGCAGCCCUUCCUAAGAUCAAGAGCAGCACAGAAGACAAAGCUUCUGUGCCUGACAGUCGCACAAAAUCCAUAAAAUUCUCAGGUGAAGUUGCAAUGCCAAACUUGGAUGAUCCUGACAGGAGGGUUCAGAUAAGCACAGAAGCGAGUGAAAAAAUGCCCGAAAAAGCAGUUGUCCCUGUCCCACCAAUCAAGAAGAAGCUGUCCUUUGCGGAUACUCAACCUGAAGUUGCAUUGCGUAGCAGGGAGGCCAUUAAACCCACUAAAAAAGCUUCAAGUUUCGACAGAACAUUCAGUAAAAAGCCAGAGAUCAAAGAGCCAAAGCUGGAACCUGGUGACACCACCAUUAGGCAGAGUCCAAAGAAGCCAGGAAAAGGAGAUACUCGGGCGGAUGUUUGGGAGGAGGACAAAAUGGCUAGGAUAAAUGAAAAGUAUGAGAAGAAGAGGGUCAAAAUUCUCGAGUUGGAGGAGGAGGAGAAGAAGGCGGCAAAACGUCGAUUAGAAAGAACAGAGGCUGAAUUGGACAAAAGAAGAGCGAGAGCAACGCACCACUACCGUAGUGAACUUGAGAGAAUUGAAAGCAUUGCCAGAGGAGCAAGGUCUCAUGCUACAGAAAAUCAAAGAUAUGAAGAGUCCAAGGUGAAAGAAAAAGCAAGCAAGUUCAGAAUGACAGGAAAACUUCCGGCGGCAUUUUGGUGCUUCUAAAGAUUUAGCACUAAAGAUUUAACACAGCAACUGAAUAUUCUUUGGACAAAGUUUCUAACGAUUGAUCUAUAUGUCGCAUCCUUUUAUUUUCUUAUGAAAUUGUAUGAAUGCUGGGCUUGGAUUCUUAUGUUUACCUGUUCAUCAGUGAGUAUAUUCGUUUUUGUCCAUAUACAAAACUUCA